AACGCGCGCUUUGGGAAGAGGAAGAAUAAGGGGAAAGAUACCGGAGUCGCUCUUUGCCUCUCUUCAGCUUCUAAGAUUCUCCUCCUCCCAACCUGGAUUUUUAACUGGUCCUUCCUGGGUUCCUGUUUAACUUCCCACAAGGCGUUCCUAGGUCUCUGCUUGCCUUCCUCACACUGAGGUUUGAUGUCGGUCCAGCUCUGGUAAAUUCUAUCCCUCUCCUAAGAAUUCAGGCGUCUCGCCUUCGUACUUAAGACUGUACUUUUUCGUAGGUGUUACUCUCAGGGAAGCAGCCCAGCUAGGGACGUUAUUCCAACUCCACUUUGCUCAUCUGCAACUUCAAUCUGUCUUCUUUCCCAUCCUAGAUUUAGACCCAGCUCCGCUUGGACUUGGCUUUGGAUAUUUUGACCUUGAGGAACUUGGGGACCGACAUUCCUGGUUUGGACCCAAGCCUCAUCCUCUGAUUGCAUCCCCUCCCCUCAUACCGACUCUUAAGACAAUAUUUUCAAUGAUAUAGCAACUUCCUUUUAUAGCAUCCCCUGGUCCUGCAUUCUCUGUUGCUGAGUGCUUUUAACUUCGCUGAUGGGCACUUGACAUUUGAUGCUUCUGGGGCCAGGAUGAGGAGGAGCUUAGCUCCCAGCCAGUUGGCUAGGAGGAAACCAGAAGACAGAUCAUCAGAUGAUGAAGACUGGCAGCCUGGGACAGUAACUCCUAAGAAACGCAAGUCCAGCAGUGAGACCCAGGUCCAGGAGUGUUUCCUGUCUCCUUUUCGGAAGCCCUUGACUCAGCUACUCAACCGGCCACCUUGUCUGGAUAGCAGUCAACAUGAAGCAUUUAUUCGAAGUAUUUUGUCAAAGCCUUUCAAGGUCCCCAUCCCAAAUUAUCAAGGUCCCCUGGGCUCUCGUGCAUUGGGCCUGAAAAGGGCUGGAGUUCGUCGUGCCCUUCAUGACCCUCUGGAAGAAGGUGCCUUGGUUCUCUAUGAGCCUCCCCCACUCAGCGCCCAUGACCAACUGAAGCUUGACAAGGAAAAACUCCCUGUUCACGUGGUUGUUGAUCCUAUUCUCAGUAAGGUAUUGCGGCCUCAUCAGAGAGAGGGAGUGAAGUUCCUAUGGGAGUGUGUCACCAGUCGUCGAAUUCCUGGAAGCCAUGGCUGCAUCAUGGCUGAUGAGAUGGGCCUGGGGAAGACACUGCAGUGCAUCACAUUGAUGUGGACACUUUUACGCCAGAGCCCAGAAUGCAAGCCAGAAAUCGAGAAGGCAGUGGUGGUGUCACCUUCUAGCCUGGUGAAGAACUGGUACAAUGAGGUUGAGAAAUGGCUUGGAGGGAGGAUUCAACCUCUGGCCAUCGAUGGAGGCUCGAAGGACGAGAUAGACCGAAAACUGGAAGGAUUCAUGAACCAGCGUGGAGCUAGAGUGCCUUCCCCCAUCCUCAUCAUUUCCUAUGAGACUUUCCGCCUGCAUGUUGGAGUUCUUAAAAAAGGAAAUGUUGGACUGGUCAUAUGUGACGAGGGCCACAGGCUAAAGAACUCUGAGAAUCAGACUUACCAGGCUCUGGACAGCUUGAAUACCAGCCGGCGGGUGCUAAUCUCCGGGACCCCCAUCCAAAAUGAUUUGCUGGAGUAUUUCAGCUUGGUGCACUUUGUAAAUUCUGGCAUUUUGGGAACUGCCCAUGAAUUCAAGAAGCAUUUUGAGUUGCCAAUUUUGAAGAGUCGAGAUGCAGCUGCCAGUGAGGCAGACAGGCAGCGUGGGGAGGAGCGUCUGCGGGAGCUCAUCGGUAUUGUGAACAGGUGCCUGAUACGGAGAACAUCUGAUAUCCUCUCUAAGUAUCUGCCCGUGAAGAUUGAGCAGGUGGUUUGUUGUAGGCUGACACCCCUUCAAACUGAGCUAUACAAGAGAUUUCUGAGACAGGCUAAGCCUGAAGAAGAAUUGCGUGAGGGCAAGAUGAGUGUGUCUUCCCUGUCUUCUAUCACCUCUCUAAAGAAGCUGUGUAAUCAUCCAGCUCUAAUCUAUGACAAGUGUGUGGCAGAGGAGGAUGGCUUUGAGGGCACUUUGGGUAUCUUCCCACCUGGUUAUAACUCUAAAGCUGUAGAGCCACAGUUGUCAGGUAAGAUGCUGGUCCUUGAUUACAUUCUGGCCGUGACUCGAAGCCGUAGCAGUGACAAAGUCGUGCUGGUGUCUAAUUAUACUCAGACAUUGGAUCUCUUUGAAAAGCUGUGCCGGGUUCGAAGGUACUUGUAUGUUCGCCUGGAUGGCACGAUGUCCAUUAAGAAGCGAGCCAAGGUUGUGGAGCGCUUCAAUAGCCCAUCGAGCCCUGAUUUUGUUUUCAUGCUGAGCAGCAAAGCCGGGGGCUGUGGUCUUAACCUCAUUGGUGCUAACCGACUGGUCAUGUUUGAUCCUGACUGGAAUCCAGCCAAUGAUGAACAAGCUAUGGCCCGAGUCUGGCGUGAUGGUCAAAAGAAGAUCUGCUAUAUCUACCGACUGCUAUCUGCAGGAACAAUUGAGGAGAAGAUCUUUCAGCGGCAGAGCCACAAGAAGGCUCUGAGCAGCUGUGUGGUGGACGAGGAGCAGGAUGUGGAGCGCCACUUUUCUCUUGGUGAGCUUAAAGAGCUGUUUACUCUGGAUGAAGCAAGCCUCAGUGACACACAUGACAGAUUGCAUUGCCGCCGUUGUGUAAACAACCGUCAGGUCUGGCCACCCCCUGAUGGUUCUGACUGCACUUCAGACCUGGCUCAGUGGAACCACAGCACAGAUAAACGAGGGCUCCAGGAUGAGGUACUCCAGGCUGCCUGGGAUGCUUCAUCUACAGCCAUCACCUUCGUCUUCCACCAGCGUUCUCAUGAGGAGCAGCGCGGUCUUCACUGAUAAUCAGCUGGUCUGGAUGUAGUUGUUUGGGAAAGGAUACAGGGAAAGGGGGUUCUCUGCCUCAUGAGGCUCUGCUCAGUUUUAUUCUCUGGGAGAAAAUCAUCAAGAAGGGCUGCAUGAUGUUUGCCCAAAAUUUAUUUUAUAAGAAAAACUUUUUUGGUUUAAAAAAAAAAAAGAAAAAGAAAGGAAUAAAGGCAUGAAAGGGACUGAGGCCUGGGAACACAUUGGUAAGCCCAGGAGGGAAGAGGCCUGGUGUUAGGCAUUCCUAUACUUCUCUAAAGCCUGGGUGCCUGCUUGAGGAAUGAAGCAGGAAACCCCAGAGCAGGGGUAGGGGGUGUUUUCCUCAGUGACGAUAGAGACCCGUAACCUCCUGGCCUGGGGUUCCCAGAGUACUGAGUAAGUGGCCCAAAGCCUCUGAACUCAGCGGUGGGAAUGCCUUUGCUGGGCCUCAUCAAGGCCUCCAGGACCUCAGUGCAAGGGAAGAUGAAAAGGAAACAGAAAUAGACAAAGUGGCAGAAAGAGGAUGACAGAAUCAGUGGUUGGGGAUUCUGGGCAGCCCACGGCUCAGUCCCUGCAAGCUGAUGGUACUGAGGAUGGGCCUGUGAGGUAUGGGCCCCAUCACAUGGUGCUGACAUAAUCUGCAAAGGCCUGGGUUGAGUCCCAUGAGUCGCUAACCACGUGGCAGGUAGCCCGGAGUCGCCGGAUUGCUUCUCUUGCUGUGACUGCAUCCUGGUCCAGCCAGUUCUGGAAGAGGCGUAGGUGACCAAAGGCUCCUCGGCCCCAGCGCUCCAGUCGUUUGGCAAACUCCAAAAGCCCAUCUGGCUUGAUGCAGUUGGAACUGGUAGGGAUGCCAUGAAUUAGAUAUCCAGGAAGCAACUAGGCUUUUGUCUACAUUGAUAUCCUUUUCUUCCCCCAUCCCUUGUCUCCUAACCCCUAGCAUACCUGAUGUCCAGCUGACAGAGAGAAGAGGAAGAAUCCUCUGAGAAAACAUCUGCUAGGGCUAAUAGGCCAGCGUUCCCUGGCGAGGGAGAGAGGAACACUCAUUAACUCUACUCACAAACAAGGAAACAAGGGUAUCCUAUCCCAGCUCCAACCUGGGAGAACCCUAGUCCUAGCAGUUCUGAAUACCCAGUACUCAAAUACCUAUAUUACAACCUGGUCAGUACCUUUACCCCAAAAGUUUCUAGUUCCUAGUUCCUUCUUUCCCUCCCUUCUCCCUUCCUCCUCUCCAGGGUAUGGUCCCUACCCAGGCGGUUCCCUGGUAGUCGAAGGCCCUUCAGUGUAGAGUUGCCCUUCAUAGCAGCAACCAUCUCAGGAAGAAAUUGGACUGGGCGCUUCUCAAACAGACGGCAGAAGGAGAAGGUAAUCUCUGUCAAGAGAAAGUAGAAUAUUCAGAUGACUGAAGCAGGGGUGGUGCUGUCCUCCUGUCCUAGGUUGGCCUAGCAAGGUACUGUGAACAUUUAUACAGAUCUGAAAAGGAUAAUCUAUAUAGAUCCGAGCAAUAUUGGAACUCAAUUCAAAUAGGACAUUGAGCCUGUUUGAGGAACAUCUCUGAGGAUAAAUUUUUUAUCCACUUCCCGCUCUCUAUAUAUAGUCACUGAUGCUUUUGCAGGGGGGGAGACUAGUCACAGUGAGUGUCUGACUAGUCACACCCACACACAGUAGCAUGUUUAUUUCUCCCCACUAUCUUUUUUUUUUUUUAAAUUGAAACCACCAAGGUGCUACCACCAUUUCUGACAGCCCCUUAAAACAAAACAAAACUGGGUGAUGUACUAAAACUUGGGAUAUUAGAAGGAAGGUCAUGUAGGUUCCAUAUCCUUUAUAGUCAAGGAAGAUAGAGACCUGGGAAAACAGUGGUUUGCAGACUGAGAUCAUGACAAAGCUACAGUAAGGACACAGGAAUGCGCAGGCUCUGGGUUAGGAACUUACCUUGAAGGGUCAGAUUCUUUAGCAAAAAAAGCACUUCACUCUGACAGUCUGCAAGAUUCAUAUCAUGGAAGCUCAGCCUCUUCAGGGAUAGGUUGUGUUCUGGAUAGGAGACACACACCAUGGGUGGUGGGGCUUAAUUUUCCCAGGGAACAAUGUUAGGUCCCUACCUACCCACUUUCACCAUUCCUACCUUUGAGUGUUUGCAACACAAGCCCAAAAUCUUGAGGCGAGGCAAAGGUGGCACUGUCCAGUGACAGCUGCUGUAGAGAACCUGAGGCCUUGAGGACAGAGCAGAGCAGUGGGGCUGGCUGGGCUCCUCGUGGAAAUCCCAUUUCCAACUGCUCGAGGCAGUUUUCUGUAUGAGAGGAAGAGGACAUUCCACUUAGUUUUCUCUACUUCACUUAAAAAUACAUAUGUUUUAGGUGUGGGAACACACACCCUUUAGUUCCAGAACUCAGGAGGCAGAGGCAGGUGAUCUGUUUGAGUUCAAGGCUGGCCUGGUCUACAAAGUAAAUUCCAAGAAAGCCAGGGUUACACAGAGAAACCCUGUCUCCAAAAAAAUAAAAAACAAACCAUGUAUUUGAUGUGUGGGCAUGUGUUGUAUGGGCAUGUGAUGUGUGGGCAUGUGAUGUGUGGGCAUGUGUUGUAUGGGCAUGUGAUGUGUGGGCAUGUGUGUACCACAGUGACCAUGUGGGGUUCAGAGAACAACUUGCAAGAGUCAGUUCUACAAUGUGCAUUCUGAGGGUACUUCAGGUCUGGUGAUAAGUGCCUUUUCUUGCUAAGUUAUCUUACUGGCCUCUACUUCUACAUGUAGUAGGUUCACUAGGAAAAUGGUUUAUUAUCUUAUCCUGCUCCUGCUAUGUGUCAAACAUUAUAUGUAAAUCCUAGAAAUGGACCACUAAACAUAAAAUCUUGUCUUUGCAUUCAGAGAUAAGACAAAGCAAAUAAAGAAUAUGCAGGGCUUGGGUGGA